AUCCUCAGAGAAUUGUACACAGGUGACAGAUACCCAAGCUUUAGAAUCGACAAGAGCAUCGAAACUAACGAUCAUCUUUGCUCUUUGAAUAUCGGAAGUUUGUGAAGGCUUAUCUGGAUUUGCAUCAUGAAGUUCGUAAGGUUUAUCAUGAAGAACGCUGCGCUGGCCAAUGUGCCCAAGCACAUAGACCAUUUCUCCAAAUUUUCUCCAUCUCCUUUGUCAAUGAAGCAGUUCUUGGAUUUUGGUUCCACGAACGCCUGCGAGAAGACCUCAUUCGCCUUCCUCCGACAAGAGCUGCCUGUCCGGCUGUCCAACAUCAUGAAAGAGAUUAAUCUUAUGCCUGACCGGCUCCUCACUACCCCAUCUGUGCAGCUUGUGCAGAGCUGGUACAUCCAGAGUCUCAUGGAAAUCCUGGAAUUCCUGGACCAGAGACCUGAUGACCACAGUGUCUUAGAUGCGUUUAACGAUGCCUUGGUGACCAUCAGGAACCGGCACAAUGACGUUGUGCCCACCAUGGCUCAGGGAAUCAUUGAAUACAAAGACGCAUUUGGUCAGGACCCCGUCACCAGCCAGAACAUCCAGUACUUCCUGGACCGCUUCUACAUGAGCCGUAUCUCCAUUCGCAUGCUCAUCAACCAGCACACUCUUAUCUUUGACGGGACCACGAAUCCUGCACAUCCAAAUACUAUCGGGUGCAUUGACUCCCAGUGUGACGUCCCGGAGGUUGUCCGAGAUGCCUUUGAGAGUGCCAAGAUGCUCUGUGAACAGUACUACCUGGGGGCUCCUGAACUCGAGAUGACGGAGAUUAACGCUAACAGCAAGAAUGACCCAAUUUCCAUAUCUUACAUCCCUUCCCACUUGUAUCAUAUGCUGUUUGAGCUCUUCAAGAACGCUAUGAGAGCGACCAUUGAGACACAUGAAGCAAGUAACAACCUUCCCGCAAUCAAAGUAACGGUGGCCUUAGGUGGAGAAGACCUCACAAUUAAGAUGAGCGAUAGAGGUGGCGGCGUUCCCUUCAGGAAGAUCGAGAGACUCUUCAGUUACAUGUAUUCUACAGCUCCAACACCAACCAUUGGGGACCACCAGAGAGCCCCACUGGCUGGGUUUGGCUAUGGGCUGCCCAUCUCCCGCCUCUACGCUCGCUACUUCCAGGGAGACCUGCAGCUGUAUUCCAUGGAGGGACACGGCACAGAUGCAGUGGUUCACAUGAAGGCUCUGUCCACUGAUUCUGUGGAGAAGUUACCGGUGUUUAACAAGACGGCCCUGCGGCAUUAUAAGGUCAACCAAGAAGCUGACGAUUGGUGUGUGCCCAGCAAGGAGCCGCUCGACUUGGCAGUGUACCGCGCGGGCAAAUGAACCUGAUGUCAAUGUGUGCCAUGAGGAUGUGGCACUUGGCCCAGAGGAGAAAAAAAAAACCAAAGUGGGCGAGAUGGGACCUGCUGCCAAUGGAAGUUGGCGCACGAGGAGACCAAACUUGCUGAAAGCUUUGCAUGCCUUGCUGGAGAGCCUUGCGGUCCUGGAUCGGGAUCACCGCUCUCGGAAGUCCGCUCGCUGAGUUCGGAGUUAUGGAAUAGACGUGAUGACACAAGUGUGAUUAGAGUUCCGAGAAAAAUUGGACAUGACAAAGCAAAAAACACGCGAUGAAAGUACCAGCAACAUGACGAUGUCACAAACCAAAAGUUCCUCCAGAGUGAUGAGAGCUAGCGCAGGCCCGGUCAGUGGGUUCAGGGAGAACAAGGAGCGGGCACAGUUAGCGGGGAAGACAAAAUGCAGAAAUUUGUCAUUGAUGGUUAUUGAUGAAAGUAGGAAAGACACAACUGAAAGCUGAAGGUGAUUGAAGGGCAGAAAGUUGUGAGAAGAUGGAAGAUUUUGUUUGAAGAACAGAGCAGAACAGUGAUGUUUAGAACGAAAUUCAUGACAAGGUCAUAUCUUUUCAACGAGACAUUUGGUUAAGUAACAUUGCCCAUAUGCCAGAGGUAUUUCAUCAUUUUGAAAGAUCCUAUAUAAGUGGUCAUAAUUCUUCAGAGUUGUCCUUUGGAUUUCAAUUGUUUAAACACAUUUAUUAAAAGGUUCACCAGAGGCUCAGGACAUUGCCAUAGGCAAAUGUUUGUUUUCAGAUUUCCAAUAGUCAAAACCGGCUUAGUGUGAUCAUUUCAUUUGGAAAUGUAGUACUAUUGUGCAAAAUUAAUUUUCAGUUCUGUGUAAUCAGAACGUCUGGUUUGCAGUAUUGGCGCUUUUGUCUAGUGCUUUGUGCUGAUCAUGUGGUAAGGUAGUCAGAGGAAUGAAUAUGCCAAAUAGAGGCUCCAUUUCAUUAAACUGGACUGGACCAGAAUGCCAGUAAAAGGAGUGAUAUGACAAUCAAAAUGGGUCCAAUGUAAAUUGGAUUUUUGUUUUUUUACCAAAUGUGUUUGUAUUAUGGCUUGUGUAAUGAAAUGACCAUUUCAAAUCACCUUUAUUUUUUUACAAACACCAGAGUUCUGAAUAAAAUGUUUGUAGUUCAGAAA